AGUCAGAGCCUGUGCUGCACAGGGAACACAGCCUUCAACAAUUUCUCCUGAUUUAUUUAUAUUUAUAUUUCCAUCGCAAUGUGUACUGGAAAGUGUGCGCGGUUAGUGGGGCUAAUACUUCUGCCUUCAGCUUUUUUGUGUAUAAUAGCAAAUAUACUUUUAUUCUUCCCUAAUGGAGAACAGUUGGAACCUAACCAGAUUUCCCUUCAAGUCUGGCUUAUGGGAGGUGUUCUUGGUGGAGGAUUAAUUAUGAUGUGUCCAAGCUGCUCAGCCAUCAGAGCUGGGGGCAAAGGCUGUUGCGGAGCAGGUUGCUGUGGAAACCGUUGCCGUAUGCUGAACUCUGUUUUCUCGUCUGUAUUUGGCAUUGCUGGGUCGGUCUAUUGUGCCUGUGUUGCCAUUGCAGCACUCGCUGUUGGGCCAAAAUGCCAAGUUGGGAUUAAAGAAUGGGAAUAUCCCUUUGAGGGUACAGUAGGGAACAGCAGUUACCUAGCGGAUAAGACUAUAUGGUCCAAGUGUAUCUUUCCUGAGAAUGUGGUUCUCUGGCACAUCGUGCUGUUCUCCAUACUUUUGGGUCUGUCUCUGAUCCAGAUGAUGCUCUGUAUCAUUCAGGUUGUGAAUGGAUGUGUGGGCUGCCUGUGUGGAGACUGCCGAAAAAGAAAAUCGGAUGAGGGAGGUCUGUAAGAUCUGCGGAGGAGGAAAACAACAACAAAAAAAUACAAAAUUAUUCAAUGUUGAGUCCUCAUAACAGGACAAGAUCUUUCAUACAACACUAACAACUUGUAAUCCAUGUCAUCCCUAAAAAGUGAUGUUGUGCGUAAAUGUAACAAUGUAACUUUAUUAUGUUAAGUGCUAUUGUAGCAGUACAUGAUAACCAAAUAUCAAGCUAUAGGUAACCUUGCUUUUAUGAUAGAAAUUGUGUAGAAAUGUAGAAAUUCUUUGUACUUUUUUUUAUAUAAACUAAGUGCAUUGUGGAAUACAAAAUCAUCAGGUCCUAAUGAUUCAAAACAACAUUCCUUCAGAAUAAACAUAAUUUGCUAACA